UUUCUCGGUGCCUCUCCGUCGCCACAGCCGAAGCUAGAGCUGAGCUCAGGGAGGUGCAGGGAGGGAGAUCGCGUGGGGGAGAGCUGGAGAAGGAAGACCGGGGAUCUUGUAAGAAAUAUACGCGAGCGUGGCGAGUCGUUGGUGUCCGAAAGGAUUAUCUCGGAGGAUCGAACGGCCUGGAUACAAACAAUACCGGGAGAGCAAGGGGAUGGAGGCACUCGUGAACAUCGCGUAUGACCGCAUCAGCGAGGACAUCAUCCUGCUGUACGAUGCCAUGCGGGCCUAUAACGAGGCCCCGGCUCCUCGGCCUGACAUCUCGGCCGUCAUCGCGGCGAUAAGGGGAUCUCUGGCCAAGGAUUCAGAGAAGGCCAUGGGCCACGUCUGGUCCAGAGAAAACAGUAACGAGGGUGGGUUCAGCCAACGGGGGGAGGGGCUUGAUCCCGAUGAAGACGUUUAUGGUAGCAACGUAAUCAAUAGCAGUCCGUCCGAAAGGUUCGGAGCAGACGACGGGGGAAUGGUGCCCAUGGGGAAGGAGCCGCAGCUGUGGGAGUUCGCGAGGGAUGUGACGACAUCUCUGGUCAGCGACCUGGCCGUGAUUCCGCUGUGGCAAGUCAAGGUCAGCGCCGUAGCGCACAGAGGUCGACUGCCGGAGCUGUGGCCUUUCAUCGGGUACAGAAAGGCUUUGAUGGCCAUCAUCAAGGAGGAGGGAACAUCGUCCUUGUUUCGAGGGUGGGGACCCGUCUGUGCUGCCGGUCUCCUCAGGUAUUUCCGUCGGAGCAAGCUGCUGUACACGGACUACUACUGGAAAACCACACACCGCGUCACCACGAGAUUCAUCAUGCGAUCGGACAGCUAUAGCCGUCACGUCAACGACCCGGAGGUGUUGGCCCAGACGUACGAAGGCUUCGCCACCAGAAUACUAUGGGCUGGCAUCCUUCACCCCUUCGACCUCCUGGCGACAAGGAUGAUGACCGAGUCACGCCCCGAGUACGCCACCGGAGCGUCGUCUGUGCGACACGUCCUUAAGCAAAGGGGGUUUCCGGGGCUGUUCCUAGGGGUUAGGUCGUCAAUCUUGAACGUUCUCCUUCCCUUCGGCAACUGGUACCUCCUGGGGGUGCCGUUCUUGAUCAAGACUCGCCGGAUGCUGGAUGGCAUGGACACAGUGUUCCGAGCUGGCAUGGGCGGAAGUUUGGACAUGGUUCGGGCGAUUUUGAAGGAGGAGGGAUUCGCUGGACUCUUUGCAGGCUACCGUGCGACACUGUGGGGCAUCGGGCCGGCGUUCUUGAGCCUCUGCGGCGCGAGGCUGUUGGUGUAUGUCGUGCUGGGCUCUUCCCGCAGAACGAGCGAGCACAGGAGAAGACGUAAUGCACACCUGCGGCAUUUGAUGAUGACUUCACAUAGGGACCAGCAGCAACAGCAGGCCAAGCUCAAGAACUAGCCGCAAAGUAGGCGGGCAGACGUGACGGAACUUCGAAGCGAGGGGGAGAGGGUUGAACGGAGAAUGAUAGAUUCCCGGCGAAAGUGGAGUCGCUCGGUUUUGGAUGGAUUCAUGGGUCCACAGUUUUGUCGGUUGAGGGAUUGUACAACAUAAGGUCUGUUGACUGAUGUCGUCAUCGAUGUCGUCAAAUUGUUUGUUUGAAUGCUGAUAUACUUUUGUAAUUUGUUGAGGUUCGUUUGAUUGAUGUACGUCAUCAUCGACGUCGCGAAGCGCUACAUAUGGUGAAUGGUCGAAGUUGUUUUGCAAAGAUUGAUGUCUUGUUUGGGUUGGCCAAGGAAUAUGUUACCGGUGGUAAUAUCGAUUCCUGAGAAGUUUGUGAAUUGGUUGAGUUGAGUUGUUUUUUUCGUAUGUUGAGGUUGGUUACAGUAGCUACGUUUGCGGCAGUCCCUCUCGUGGUCGGUGUGAUUGGCCCGCUGGCUUCGCUCGGUCAUUGGUCAGGCAGACGAUAAGCGCAACAGCUACAAUUCUAAGCUUUUCAAGCAACACCGUGGGGCGAAGUAGGUAAGCACCAAGAAAGGACAAUAACAAUCUAGUACACUCGGGCGCCAAG